AACUCGAGCUUAUGGGCAGAAAGGUGAGGAAGACAAUAAUAUCUGAGCUCAGUGUCUGAAAACAAACAGCGAUUAACAACACUAACGUGAGCUUUUACCUUCAGCCGGUUCUAGGAGAGUUACAGGGACUAAUUUGAGUCGUUAAAUAAAGACAGCGGGUCGCUAACAGUUUGUUUACAUAGCCUACAGUGGUUUAUUCCUACGCACGUUGUUUUAACUUUUUGUUUUGACAGAAACUUCGCAAUGUUGUCAGCGAUUAUAAAGCUUGUCACGUGUGAAAACAGUAUUUUUCUUCAGUGAAAUGGGAUAUACCGGCACGAGGGAAGUGUCGUUGGACUGUACGUCUGUUUCAGUUGGAAAAUCAGCCUCUUGAACGUGCUCGGAUACUUUUAACGCGUUUAUUUAUUUUUUUGUUAUCAUCAAUGGAGUCUGUUGGGAGGUUUGAGUUCAACAGGAAAGACUUGAUUGGUCACGGUGCCUUUGCAGUUGUGUUCAAAGGCAGACACAAAGAGAAGCGUGAGUGGGAAGUUGCUGUGAAGUGUAUCAACAAGAAAAACUUGGCCAAAUCACACUCUCUGCUUGGCAAAGAAAUAAAAAUAUUGAAGGAACUCAAACAUGAGAAUAUUGUCAGACUACUUGACUAUAAGGAAAUGGGAGGAUGUGUGUAUCUUGUCAUGGAGUACUGCAAUGGAGGCGACCUAGCAGAGUAUCUUCACUCUAAAGGCACGUUAAGUGAGGACACCAUCCGCGUAUUCCUGCAGCAGAUCGCUCAGGCCAUGAAGGUCCUGCAGAGCAAAGGCAUCCUUCACAGAGACCUCAAACCCCAGAACAUCUUGCUCUGCCACCGAGAGGGGCGCAGGUCCAGCUCCACUAAUACCUGCAUUAAGAUCGCUGACUUUGGGUUUGCACGUCAUCUCCAGACAAACACUAUGGCAGCCACACUGUGUGGCUCUCCCAUGUACAUGGCUCCUGAGGUCAUCAUGUCCCAGAACUACGAUGCCAAGGCUGAUCUGUGGAGCAUAGGGACUAUUGUGUACCAGUGUCUGACUGGAAAGGCGCCAUUUCACGCCAGCACACCACAGGAGCUCCGUCUGUUUUAUGAAAGCAACAGGACCCUCUUACCCAGCAUCCCAAAGGAGACUUCUAGUAAUCUAAGACACCUACUGUUUGGGCUGCUGCAGAGAAACCAUAAAGAACGGAUCAGCUUUGAUGAGUUUUUCCACCAUCCCUUCUUGGAGACAAGCUUGUCCACAAAGAAAUGCUCUCCAGUGCCAGUGCUUUCCUACCCCAUUUCAGGCUCAGGCAGUUCCUCUAGCAGCUCCUCCACAUCCCAUCUGGCCUCCCCUCAACAUUCCGAUGGAGAGAUGCAACGUCUUCAGCCCAAAGCACGGUAUUCCCCUACACAGGACACCCCCGUCUUCCUGCUGAAAGAAAUAGCCAAUCACGACAGUAAAAACACCUCAUCUUACACAGAAGACUACGUCAUGGUGCCUGCCCAGUUUCCCAGUGAAUAUACAUGUGAGGUGGAAGUUGGGUCACCCAUUGAGAGCUGCCUGAUAUACAGUGGGACUUCACUACAGGCUGAGAGAGGUGCCGUAGUUGCAGCAAAGACACCUCCACCACCUCCCCUGCUACACUCUCCCUCCAAGCUUGUCAGCAAGCCUGUUGAACUUGUUGGCUGUAAGUGCAGCCAGUCUGGUCCCAUUCCUGUCCCAACUCAGAUCCAAAACUACCAGCGCAUCAAACAGAACCUGCAACCUGUCGGCUUGCAUAGCCCCACCAGGAUCACACUCUGCUGUGCUGGCAGUACCCCACAAUGUAAAGGAUGUAGAUCUCCAGGUCCAGGAUUUGCCAUUAAUUCCCCAAGGCUGGAAACUGGAGGAGCCCAACCACAGCAGUGCUCCCCUCUAGUGGGAAUGACCCCAAAGACCUCUGAACAGACUCUCCCGCUCAGCACAAGAACUGGACUGCUCCUCGGCUCCCCUGACAUGCAGGACACAUCCCGCCCCAAGGUUCAAUCAAGAAUGCCAAACCGAAUCAGGACAGUCCCAGACCUUCAGUCCUACGACCCAUCACCUGCAUCCCAGACCAACCUCAGGAGGAAAUCAGCCAAUAAAAAGGGCCAUUUUAAAAGGUCACUGAGCACAGGCAGGUUGUCUGACAUACUACUGAAAGCAGCCUUUGGAGCGCAACUUUUGGAAGGAGGAAGUGACGAGAGCCUCAACUCUGAGAAAAGCAUGGAUAUAACAGCUCCACCUACUGGUUGUCAUAGAGGCUUUCAGUGCUCAGACAGCCCACCUCCUGUUGUCUUCACAAUGGGUUCUCCGUCCAAAGGAAACACUCCUCCUGAUACCAUGGCAUCAAGGGUGUUCUCAGGCUCCCCGAGUUACAUAAAUUCAGCCUGGCUACUUAACAGUCGCCUUCUCCAUGGAGGAAGCCGUAGAAACAGUGAGACUGAAGCCAUGGACGCUACUCCACACAGCAGUCUGGUCUUUCACCCACCAGAGCUCCCUGAAGAUACACUCAUGGAGCAGGCUCAUACAGAUGCACUCAGUGACCUGCGUUUCACCUUGGCUUUUACCCACUGUGUUAUGGAAUUGGCUUCAUCUAAGGACCCAGGGCUGGAUACCAUUAGCAGUCCUGAUGUGUCCUUUCUAGAGCAGAGCUUGGUGACAGAUCAGAUCAGCCUUCUGAGUAAAGAAUGGAGCUAUGCAGAGCAGUUAGUGUUGUAUAUGAAGGCUGAAGAGUUUCUGUCAUCAGCACUGCACACUGCUAAAGAGAAUAUCAAACAAGGCCGACUCCUUCCCUCUGCUACAGUCAAACAAGUGAUCAGGAAGCUGAAUGAAUUGUACAAGAACUGUGUAGCAUACUGUCGCUCCCUCAACCAUCGGCUGCAGACCUUCUUGCUUGACAAACAGAAGCUUAUGGACCGCUUCAAUGGACUCACAGCUGAGAAGCUCAUCUACAGCCACAGUGUGCACAUGGUACAGUCUGCUGCUUUAGAUGAGAUGUUCCAUUGUGGCACAGCAUCAGGCCAGCGCUACCAUAAAGCCCUUUUGCUGUUGGAGGGUCUGUCCCGAAUCAUCACAGAGCAAAAGGACAUUGACAGCAUAGAUAAAUGUAAGCAGUGUAUUGAGCGACGCCUAUCCGUUCUGCAGACUUGACAGUAUUUGUGAGCUGUACAACUGCGUCCCAUGAAAUUGCAUUCUCUUUCCUCAUUCAUCUGCCUCAAUGUAGAUGGAUCCUCCUAGACUGUCAGUACAAACAAACAUUUUGAUCGGUCUUAAGGGAAAUGACCACUGGAGCAUCCGCUCCUAUCCCACCGCCCAGUCUGUAAUCUUUACAUAAAUGCACAGAAAAGACUGAUAGUUGUGUUUUAGAGAAGUUCUUGAAGACAGAUUAUGUUAUGGUUGUUUGAAUACUUUGAUCACGUAUUAUUUUGUUACAGACUGAAUUAGUGUGUUUUGUGUUUUGCACAAAAGAAUAAUCAGAUUAUAUUAUAACUGAUUUUAAAUGUGUUGUACUUGAAACAAGGGUAAUUUAGUAGUUUCCUGAAUUUGAAGUGUUGGUUAUGUGUAUAGUAAAAGUUCACUGGCCAACAGGAGUCCGAAUAUUUUGAAUGAGAUGACCAAAUAUUGCCAAUGUGUAGUAAAAAUGUGCCAGCUUUUUUGUACAGAUUAUCACAGCAGAGUAGUGGAUUUAACGGUAAUGAAAGUAAUGUUUUGACCACAUACAGAAUAAUUGUCUUACAGUCAUAUAGACUUACAUCAAAGAAAGCAAUAAGUAUUUUACAUUUGAAUGAGAUUUUAGUUUUACACUGAUCCAACAAUGUCCUUCUACAGGGUUAUGUACUCAGUCAUGAGGAACUUUAAGUGACAUUAACUGCACGCUACAUUGGUGAUGUUUAUCUGCUGUUUGUGUGUAACCUUAUGUGUGCACAUUAGUUUUUGUAUUUUUCCGUUGUUUGGAUUCAUGUGAAAGAUUGUACUAAUUUGUGAAAGAAUAUGUUCAUGAUUUUUGCCUUAUAGUACAGGAGUUUAAUACAACUGCAUAUUUAAAAUUUUGUGAAAAUGUGUAGUGUUACAGCAAAAGUUUGUUAGAAUUUAUCUAAUUGUCUUUUCUACUUGUAUUUUAUGACUGCUUGUCAGAUUUGCCAAAAUGAGUUGUUACACACUGUGUGAUGGAAAAUAAAUAUUUAUU